AUGGAAUGGCAUAGAGACAUAUUUGCCAUCCCAUCUCAGGAGUAUGAGAGUGUUUGCGCAGAUCCAUCGGUGAAGUACAAAGAGAAGCAUUUCCUCUCUACUGCCAGAAGGAAAGGUGCAUAUCAGGGGUGUUUCACGGACAGUCAUUGGGGAGGACAUCGAAAAAAACAAAACUGGGAUUUGUUGGUCAAAUACGCUCCAAAGAUUGCAAAAAAGCAUUCUGAAGUUCCUAACUCACUGCGUGAUGUUCUGAACAUUACCACAAAGAAGUGGAAUGGAGGGAAAUUCAGCAAAAGUGAUGGGCUGCACGUGAUACCACCAAGCCUAGCCCUAGCACUGGAUACGAUCAUCAUGGACAGAUUAGCGGCUGGCGAAGAAGUUUCUUACGAUUUCGUUGAAUCAACGUUGAAACUUUUGGUGAAACUUUGGAAUGAAAAGAUUGAAGAGUUGCAGGCCGAUGUUCAGGAAACAGUACAAAAGAAAAUCUUGCAAGCACAAAACGCAAUCGCUGAGUCUGAAGAUGUUGGAGAUGAUGUUGCGCGAAUGGCAAAGGAUGAUGAAAUGACAGCAUUGAGCAAGUUGUUAGAGACACUCCAGCCCUGCAACAUCAGCACCCAACCUACUGCACUGGGGUCCAUCACGACAAUGAUCAUCUCGACUGCCCAGGUCUUGUGCAUCUCGAGUUUGCAACCGAUUGGGGAUCCGAACAAGUUCGGACUUGGUGUGGAGCAUGAUGCGGUGCAUACUCUCGACUUGGAAGAGGACAAGCAGAUCGAAAUGGAGCAUGGUGAACCAAUUGAGUACGGCGACUUUUCCGGUGAUGAACUGGAUUCAGAGCUACACAGUGGGUUUCUCUUUGUCAAAGACUCAGACUCAGAGCAAGAGGACGAGCAUGAUGACAAGACAGCAGAACCCAAAGAGGACGAGAAUGGCAAGAAAUCACGCAAUGCAGCACUUGAGCACCGACCAGAAUAUCAGGAACUCAAAGCGGAUAGAUUGGCAAAACUUCAGCUUCAAAAGGUUCAAACUGCACGAGCAGCAGAGCCGGAGCACAAAGACUAA